GACGAUCUGGCAUGGCUACUAUCCCUGUGAGGAUUUGCAUCUACGUAUAAAUUAAUGCGUGCUCUACACUAUCUACCGCGUCCUAAUGUGUGAGAAUAAUAGACAUUGUAGCCGGCUACUUCAAGAAUGGCCCGUUGAAAUCGGCAUUUGCCCCCCUCAUCCAGACACAUUCGAUCGUAAAGCGCACUGCGGUUUGAUUUUUCGUUUACAUGCCUCAUUUGUAUAGAGCGGCCUUUUUGCUUCUAACUGGAAGGAGGCUGGCCACCUAUUAAAAGCAACUGUCUGCCAUUAAAAUACAACCCUCGGCACUUUAUCGUUCUUGAUAAAUAUUACCUAGGUAUUCUCUCUUUUUUACUCUUCGUAAUGCCUGAUACUACAACUGCCCUCUAUGGUAGCUGGGAAAGCCCGCUGUCUGCAGCUGAUGUUGCGUCAACGUCAAAGUAUGUCGCUGAGAUCUGUAUCGACAAAGGCUCGCCCUCCCGUGUGUACUGGACCGAGUCUCGCCCAUCUGAGGGCGGGCGCCGCACACUGUUCAGCCAGGAGACCACUGACUUUGAUGGAGCCACCAUACGCGAGCUGACGCCCAACACCCAGUGGAAUGUGAGUUCGCGUGUGCACGGGUACGGUGGCUCGCCUUAUGCCGUUUAUGAUGACCUCAUUCUGUUAUGCAAUGCAAGCGACUGCGGUCUAUACCUAUUUGAUGCGAACUCUGCUCUGGCACCUCGCCGGAUUGCUCAGCAGGAUGAUAGGCUGUGGUAUGCCAACAUGGUCAUCCAUCCGUCCAAGAAGUUUGCUGUUGCUGUGCGCAAGGACCACCGCAAUGGCGACAUUGACGCCUUGGCUGUGCUGGUCGCCAUUCCGCUGCCCAGCGACCUUGAUGCCGACGAAUUUAAGCCGACCGAUGAUGUUGUGCUUUUCAGCCAGAGCGACUUUGUGUCGAGCCCUGUGUUCAGCCCCUUGAACGACGAGAUUGCAUUCUAUACUUGGAACCAUCCGAACAUGAACUGGGAUGCGACUACCCUGCACCGUGCCACGCUCUCGUUUGACGCAAGUGGGGUUGCCAACGGCCUUGAUAACCUGGCAAUUGUCGCUGGAGGCGAAGGUGACGUUCAGGAGAGCAUCUACCAGCCGCGUUUUGACAAUGCUGGCAGACUACAUUUCCUUGCAGACUGCUCGGGCUUCUGGAAUCCGUACUGUGUUGACAGCGACAGCAAGACAAACCAGUCACUAGCUGAGUGUGGUAGGGUACGAAAACUCCUGGUAAUAUGAUAAAGUGUCGGGAUUGGGUGUGUGUGGAUGGUGCUGGCCUCGAAACAGCAACCCAUUUCAAAACCACCAUACCAAAUCAACCAUAUAAAAGCUUGACUUCCUAGACCACCUGGUCCCGCCUUUUUCUCCUCAGUAAUUCUGAUCCCAUCUUAUUUUCCAUAAAAUCCGACAACACUUACUCUGGUGAAGGUUGACAGGCUGCUACUGAGUGAUCCAGUUGUGAGUAUAUUACCGCGUUGAUUAUGACGAAAGUAAAAUUCACUG